GUACAUACAUCGGGCAUACAUAUAGGCAUAUUUUUAACACAGUUAUGUGUCCGUAAGCAUGAUAUUUUAGGUGUGGCGCGCAAAAAAUAGGUCUCCGCAAUAUUUAUACUUUCCCCCUCCAUAGGGCUUCGCCCUGCCACGGGGCUUCGCUGCCCCACCCGCGCGCUCCGGGCGCGCCGGGUGGGGAGCGCAACAUGUCUCAGAAAACGGUUCUAUACAAACAGGUUUUGUCUCCUACACGGUACAUUUUUACAUUUAUUGAUGUGAUACCUAUUUAUUUAUGUAGCCCUACGCGUUAUCUACCUAAUACAACAAGUUUCUUACAAGAAUAUCAACAAACAACAGCUCUGCGGCCCUAUAAAGUUUACAAAUUAAAAAGUCUCAAAAAACCUACUUAUAUUCACUUAAUGCCUAACUAUCAUAUACCAUUUUAUAGAAGAAGUAAAAACACACAAAAUAACAUCAUUAUUAUAACAAUUAUACCUAUAUCCUAUCGACUAUUCGUAAAAAACUAUUUCCAAUAUUUUCCUUAAUUACGCCUAAACUACUAACACGAUUCAUACAAAACUUUGAUAUAUUAUUCCUAUAACUACCUACUUUCUAAUAAGACAUAAAAAAAAAAAUGGUUGCCUGUAAAGUCGGUUUUACGGGCGAAGAUUUUACGUGACAACGUCUUUUUCUCGGUAGAAUAUUUAUUGAUAUGAAUAUAAUUAAAUUGCACAAUAGGAACAAGGAAUUGAAUGAAAAUAAGAAUUGCACAAAUUUUAACUAUAGAAAUAUAUUUUGUUUACUAAAACAUUGUACAUGUAAACUUAAACUUAACACGAGAGACUCAUCGUAACGUUACCGAGCGUUACACUUUUUCAUAAGUGACUCCCAGCCGCAACCUAAUUUAAGACGUUGUCACGUCAAUAAAUCAAUCAAAACAUAAAACAUACUAUUAUCGAAAACUAUCAACUCAGGCAAAAUCCUAUAAGAUGUGAGACAAGGACAACCCCUCCUAUAGGUCGGAACCAUUACAUUGUAUCGUUUGACUUUUUAAUGACAGCUGUGUGACGUCACACACUAGUGAGACGACAUAAUGUCCUGAAGAACGUUUACGCGGAAACUUGAAAAUUGAAUUUUUGAUUUAAGUUUUUUUUACUGAAUUACACAACAUAAUUAAAAAUACCACACCACUUUUUACGGGCUCUAUAAACAUUAUAAAUGACGUGAGAUCAUUUUCUAAAACUUGUCAAAUACCUGAUUCUGUUAGGAAAUGGAAUAACUAUUGAACUAAUAUGGGUCCCUCGCAUACUGGAAUAACAGGCAAUGAAAUUGUCGAUUCCUUAAUGAAACAUAGAAUACCAAAUAUACCAGUCUACAGUGAGUCCUUCUAAUGUAAAAAGAAAAUCAGAAUAAUUUAACUUAAGAUUAGGCUGUAUGGGCAUUGUUCCCCUUGCCUUCCCUGAAAAGGGGAACAUAACCAAAAACAAAAAUUGAGCUGUGUUUAUAUUACUUUUCUCUAUGGCUGUGCUGUGUGGACGAUACGAUACUCUGUCUGACCGAAUUUUAUCCCAAAUUUGAGUGAAAACAUUUGAUAAUGUCUCGUUUACAAGUAUGCAGAGUAUGCUUGGCACACCAUAACCGUAUGUAUUCAAUAUUGAAUGGACCCCUUCAAAAGAUUUACAAAAAUAUCACUGAAAUUCCGCUUGUAAUGGGCGACAAAUGGCCAACGUGCUUAUGCUACAUUUGCUAUCAUAUGAUUAGAAAAUUGCACAAGUUUAUAGAUAAAUCACUAAAGGCAAACAAGCUCUUGUUGCAACUCAUCAGUUCCGAGUCCGAGAUCACCAUAGACACACUAAAUAUGAUUUUGAAGCAACAACCUGAUAUCUCUUGGAAGUUUUCCGUGUCACCGAUGCAGAGUAUUAUGCCUUUAGACUCAGAAGAGGUUAAACUGGAGCCUACUUUCAAUAUUGAGAUAGUGAAGUCUGAAAUGGAUGUUGAGGAGAUGCAAGAUCAAAAUGAAACAGGAGGGAAACGUAAGCUGACCAAUAAAAUGAACAUGGAAAACCAACUCAAACCCCCAAUAGCGUCAAUAAAAACCGAAGGAAACACGGCAACGGAAAUAGAAGCUCAACUUGGUAAUCCAAAUAUAACUACGGAAUUCCAAAAUAAAGAUUCCGAGAUCACCAUGGACACACUAAAUAUGACUGUGAAGCAAGAACCUAAUAUCUCUUGGAAGUGUUCUGUGUCCCCGAUGGAGAGUAUUAUGCCUUUAGACCCAGAAGAGGUUAAACUGGAGCCUACUAUCAAUAUUGAGAUAAUGAAGUCUGAAUCAGAUGUUGAGGAGAUGCAAGAUCAUAUUGAUACAGAAGCAAAACGACCCAAGAAAUGUAAGCUGACCAGUGAAAUUAGCGAGAACAACCAACUCAUGCCUCCAAUAGCAUCAAGAUCAACCGAAGAAAACACGGGAAUAGAAAACCGAGCUCAAAUUAGUGUUCCAAAUAUUUUCACAAAAUAUAGCUACGAAAACGACAACAUGGUGAAAAACAAACACGACGAAGUCACAAAUCAUAGAGAAAAUUUUGUAUCUGAUAUUUGUAAAAAUAUGUUUUAUUGUAAAAACGAAUUAGAAAGUCAUGUAACUAAAUCACAUUCUGAAAUUAACCCCAUAACUAACCAAAAUUAUACUAACACUCGUGAAAUAUACUUAAAUGAUAAAUACAAAGAGGACAGUAUAGGUUCUGCAAUGACAAGCAACGAUGGGCAUUCGAUAAAUAAACGCGAUAGGAAGACUGACCAGAAAGCAAGACAGUAUAACUGUAGUAUCUGUGAUAAAAGAUAUACUAGAAGUAAUGAUUUAUCCAGGCAUGAAAGGAUUCAUACGGAAGAGAAACCUUAUAAAUGUAACAUCUGCGAUAAAAGAUUUACUGAAACUAGUAGUUUAUACAAACAUCAAAGGAUUCAUACGGGAGAGAAACCUUAUAAAUGUAACGUCUGCGAUAAAAGAUUUGCUAUAAGUGAUAAUUUAUCCAGACAUCAAAGAAUUCACACGGGAGAGAAACCUUAUGAAUGUAACGUCUGCGAUAAAAGAUUUACUACAAGUGAUAAUUUAUCCAGACAUGAAAGAAUUCACACGGGAGAGAAACCUUAUAAAUGUAACGUCUGCGAUAAAGGAUUUACUAAUGGUAGUGAUUUAUCCACACAUCAAAGAAUACACACGGGAGAGAAACCUUAUAAAUGUAAUGUCUGCGAUAAAAGAUUUACUAUAAGUAGUUAUUUAUCCAAACAUAAAAGAAUUCACACAGGAGAGAAAACUUAUAAAUGUAGCUAGAUAAUAUGUGAUAAACAAAUAUUAACCAUUUAUAAGCCAUUUCUACCAACAUCGAAGAAUACGGGAAAGAAAGUGAGCCAACGCCCACUUGGGAUAUGGACCAAUAAUUUAGUCUUUAUCGUACGAUUACCAAUUACCGAAGUAUUGUUUAAUAUUUCAAUCUCAUGGUGUAUGAUUUCAGAGGGACCAAACUGAAACGUGACUUAAGUGCAAAGGCGGCCUUAGGGGGCCCCGCGGCCUCGCUUAUUGCAGAACUACAUUUAUCGGUCGCGUUGUUCUAUGGCUCUUCAGAGAGCUAUAUAUUUCAUACAUUUAUUACAGUAACAACACAAGUACAGUUCUUAGUGCUACUGAAUGUAUGAAACCGAUCGCGUUACAACACAACACGACAGAUAAAUAUAUUUCUGUUUCAACCCAAGUCCAGUACAAUCCGAAGUAGACAAAAACUAAAUGGAGACGUAAAUAUGAUUAUACCAGACGCAAUAGUUGAGAGGCAAUUUUAAUAAAAAAAAAUGCAUGGAGACAUUAUUUAACUAAGCGUAUAUCCUGUUGUGUAGACACACUUGUGGAAUAUACUCUACUUCCGUUUCAUCCUUAUAGAUAUUCAAAGGUUUCAUCGAAUCUCAAGUCACAACGUUACUAUAGAAGUUUUAAUUUAAUAAGAAGAAAGAACCAGAGCUGUGCUAAUAAUUAUACUCUUUGUCUCCAACAAUCAUACUGGUUGACUGGUAGAGAAUGCUUAUGGCAUUAAGUCCGCCGUUUGCUUAUGUUUGGCAAUAAAGUUUAAAUAAAUAAAAAAAAAAUAUUAACUACCAACCGAACGUUAAAUACUUCACUACUCAGGUAUUGUAAUAUACCGGGCAAACUUUAAUCUUUAAUAAUGUUCCAAAAAUUGCUAAACGCGCUAGUAAAAAACAUCAACCGAGCUCAGCAUCGAAUUACCGAUCUUUUGGUAUCAACCCUAAGACCGACUUCGUUCAGCUAUCAGUCUAUUGCGUGCGACGUGCUACAAAAUUACACCUACCUACCUAUCUCAUGUCAAAUACUCUACUUCCAUUAUACCAACUCUACUACCAUUUCAUCGAAUCUCAAGUCGCAACGAUAUUAAAGAUGUUUUUACUUCAAAAUAUUCAUAGGUUUCAAACUUUUUUGUUAGCAAAAUCUUCGCUUUUUAUAACAAUGAUGACGUGUGUGAUUCUUUUAUAAUGACUUUGAUGAUAUUAGUGACAAUUAUUAUAGUCGUAGGUUCAUAAAUAAAUAUUUUGAUAAUUUUUCUUCAUUUUGUAAUUAAAAAUUAUAUUAUUAGUUAGCAGUUAGUACAUUGAAUUUACAAAACAACGAUGGUGAUCACUUACCAUCACUACGAACCAUUAUCGAAUCCGUAAUAUCAUUGUCAUAUUUUGUAUGGCAACUUGAACAGCAGCACCAUAACGGACGUAACGAGAACUAAAAAUCAGUACACAUUUAUCAAUGACAUUUCGGACUCGCAAACUAUUCGAAUUCGGUAUUGGUUCGUGCUAAGGGUACAGAUAAGCCGUCUGCUCGUUUGCCCUCUAUUAACUAAUGUAUAUAAAAAAAAUGGCGUCGAUUCUGGCAUGAUUAUUUAUACUUAAACUAAAUUAAAGAUCAGUCUCUCCUUUUCAUUUUGUUUGGAGAAUGACAAGGAUACACUGCUGUCAUAUUUAAGUUUAGAUUUAGAGAAUCAUGCCAGAAUCGACACCACUAUCAAGAUUGUAAUAAUAGGUUAUGUACUUGAUCUCAUUCUCUGUCAUAUUUUUGUUAUUUUUAACCAGAAAAUUCUGUCACAUUUUUUUAUAAUUAUAAUGUAACCUCUGUUAAUGUAAAUAAAUACAUGAAUUUUGCCAAGUGUUUUUAGUUAGUCAACGAUAUUAAAUAUUUAAUAAUAAUUUUUGAAUAAAAAAUAACACUUUAAUCCUAAGUCCUAAUCUUAUUUUUUUUUAUAUUUAAUGACCUGUUAGAGUUACUGUUUAG